AUCAGCGAUUUCAUCGGAAACCCCCGACGGAAAUCCAAUAGAAACCAUUGAAAUUUGCUGGAAUCGGAUUCACUCAAGAGGGUCAAACGUUUCUUGGGGAUGUUUAACCUCUAUCGAUGUUUUAUCCCUUCAUAUGCCUCCAUUGUACAACCCCUAACCGAUCUUCUCAAAUGUGAUCCAAAACAGUGUCAACUGUCGAAUCAAGCGGAAGUAGCAUUCAUUAACGCUAAAGAAGCGCUAUCAAAAGUUGUUAUGCUUUCCCACAUCAACCCUAAGGCAUUUCUGAUUUUGUGCACUGACACCUCGCAAAUUGCAGUAGGAGCUGUACUCCAACAGAAAAUAAAUGAUACACUAACCCCUCUCGCUUUCUUUUCAAAGAAGUUGGAGCCAGCUCAGACGCCUUGUGGUACGUUUGGUAGAGAGUUGUUAGCCAUUUACCUAGCAAUUAGGCAUUUCAGUUAUUUGCUACAAGGUCGUCAUUUCACAAUAUCUACCGAUCACAAACCCCUGUGAUACGCUUUCACUACGUCAAUGGAUAGACACUCACUCACCCAGAGAAGCUAAGCAGUUAGAUUAUAUCUCUCAGUUCUCGACCGACAUACAGUAAAUUAACGGUGACGCCAAUGUGGUAGCCGACUCUCUUUCUCGACGUGAUUUAAAUCAUCUGCUCAAUCCAAUAGACAUCAGUCUUGAGAACAUCGCAAAAUCACACCGCGAUGACACUGAACUUUUAGCUUGCCGUGAGAGAUCCUCCUUGCAACUCCAGGAUAUACCUAUUCCCUUAUCCGUCUACGACAUAUCUAUAGGUGUCCAUCGACCGUUUGUUCCCAAACAUUGUCGAAAAGCGUUGUUCAAUCACAUACAUGCAUUAUUCC